AUGAGAGAUCUCAAAGGCAUUGCCAUUUUCUAUUUGUGUGCAGCUUUGGCACUUAGCAUCUGCCCAGAAUCCUCUGCCAAAUGGCCCGGUCUUGAUCCCACCAACUGGCAUGUGCACGUCGUUAACGGUUUGAGCGGAGGAAGACAAUUGGUUGUCCACUGCAAGUCCGACGUCGACGAUCUCGGCAUCCAUACUCUUGGUCCUGGUGGCGACUUCAAUUGGCAUUUCCAUGUCAACUUGCCCGGGACAACAAAAUUCACUUGCGACUGGCGUGCCGGCAAUCGACACGCCUUAACUGAUGUGUUUUGGAGGGAGGCUCAACAUAUGUGGCUUCGGACCAAAUGCAACUGGAAAGCGUGUUUUUGGACUGCGAAAGAUGAUGGGAUUUACCUCAAAGACAUUCCGGCGAAUAGAGACGAGCGUGUUCAUCCAUGGGAAUAA